UACUGGCAAAAACUAAUCGAAACUUUAAGCAUAGCCUUUAAAUAAAAUUCUAUUAUAGUUGGCUUGGCAUCAGAAUGCUUUUGGCCAAGAGUUUUGUGUGUCUUACCCUUUUGGUGCUGGCCAAGGCCCAAUUCAACCCAAAUUAUGUGGCAGGCCGCAGUGGCAUAGUUCAUCUCUUUGAAUGGAAAUGGGAUGACAUUGGCACAGAGUGUGAAAACUUUCUGGGACCGAAGGGCUACGCAGGUGUCCAGGUUUCGCCGGUUAAUGAAAAUGCUGUGAAAGAAGGUCGACCCUGGUGGGAGAGAUACCAACCCAUAUCCUACCAGUUGAUGACUCGUUCUGGAAAUGAAGAGCAAUUUGCUAGGAUGGUCCGCCGGUGUAAUAAGGUGGGAGUUCGCAUCUACGUGGAUGUAGUCUUUAAUCACAUGGCAGCCGAUGGUGGGACUGUCGGCACUGGAGGAAGUGUUGCCAAUCCCAGUAUCAAAAGCUAUCCUGCAGUUCCUUAUUCAAAUCCGGACUUUCAUCAUACCUGUGCCAUCAACAAUUACAACGAUGCCGCCCAGGUGCGAAACUGCGAGCUGGUUGGCUUGCACGAUUUGAACCAAGGAAGCUCAUAUGUCAGGGACAAGAUUGUGCUGUUUCUGAACCAUUUGAUUGACCUUGGUGUGGCAGGAUUUCGGGUGGAUGCCGCCAAGCAUAUGUGGCCCGCCGACCUGGGGUUGAUCUACAGUCGCCUUAAGAAUCUCAAUACUGCACACGGCUUUGUUCAGGGCUCUAAGGCCUUCAUUAUCCAGGAGGUGAUUGAUAUGGGCGGUGAGGCUAUCAGCAAGUUCGAAUACACUAGCCUGGGGUUGGUCACUGAGUUCCGGCACUCCAAUUCCAUUGGCAAGGUCUUUCGUGGCAAAGACCAGCUCAGGUGGUUGACCAACUGGGGGACUGAAUGGGCUUUUGCUCCCUCGAACUGCUCCCUGGUGUUUGUAGACAACCACGAUAACCAACGCGGCCAUGGACCAGGUGGUGACGAUGUGCUUACCUAUAAGGCAUCAAAGCAGUAUAAGAUGGCAAAUGCCUUCAUGCUGGCCCACCCUUUUGGCACUCCACGCAUCAUGUCUUCCUUUGGCUUUGAAAACACGGAUCAGGGACCACCCACCAUCGAUGGUCAGAACAUUGCCAGUCCCACUUUUAAUACCGACGAUUCGUGCGGGGGCGGUUGGAUUUGCGAACAUCGCUGGCGCCAGAUCUAUAACAUGGUGGCUUUCCGAAAUGCCGCUGGAUUGGAUCCAGUUCAGAACUGGUGGGAUAACGGCAGCAACCAGAUUGCCUUCAGUCGGGGAAACAAGGGAUUUGUGGCAUUCAAUAGCGACAACUCCGACCUGAACCAAUCUUUGCAGACGGGACUUCCUAAAGGAUCCUAUUGUGAUGUUAUCUCUGGCGCAAAGAAAGGAUCUUCUUGCACUGGCAAGACAGUAGUCGUAGAAUCUAAUGGAAUGGCCAGAGUUAUCAUCAAUCGGUCUGAGCAGGAUGGUGUCCUUGCUAUUCAUGUAAAUGCUAAGUUUUAAAACAAACUGUAAGAUUAUAUUCUCAAUAAAAAUAUUCUAAAAUUUCUUUGAAAAGGUGAACAUCUA